GGUACUACCCGGCUCGCAGUCGAGCGUCGUACGUUGCGCGGUACGGUCGCGACAUUCGCUCGCCCUCCCCGGUGUCCGACUCCGGUCGCACUCGCGGCUGUGCGCCAUACAUACACGCACACGUCUGACCUGUGUUUGACUUUGUGCACGCGUCUUUCUACGAAAGUGUCAGUGCGAGACGGAGCGAGCGAGAGAGAAAGAGGGAGAGGAAGAGAGAGAGAAAGAGAGCGAGAGCGAGAGAGAGAGAGAGGAGGGAUAUACGAGUAGAGGAAAAAGAGAUGCGGGAGGAGAGUGUACAGCAGGAAACGCGAGUGCUUUUUCGCCGCAGUGCCAAGACGGAUUAAGGACGGAGGCGCAAGCGUCGGACGGAUCUCAGGAAUCGACGAUCGUUCUGCGUAGUCGAUCUUCCGAGGAAUCGUUACUUCCGAUGGAUCCUACGAGGAACGGAGGCACUCCACAACGUGUGAAGCUUUAACAGCGGGCGAAAAAUUACGAAGAAAAGUGUCGUUCGUCGAACUUAAACGAGAUUCGUACAAAGUUUACGUUGCCAUUUCCGCGCUCGUUAAUGAAUGAGAAAAGUGUACUCGGUUCGCGAUAAUAAGGUAACCGCGAUGAAUCGCGUUGUGCUGUGAACAGUGGAUGGAGAGAAGAUCGAUCUAGGAACAGCAACCGUCGUCAAAUGGAGUUUCUUCACGCGGAUGCGUUCGAGCCCACGAAAUGGUGAAAUGAUCGUGUACUUAGUGUAUCGUGGACGCUGCAGCGAUUUCUAAGAAGCAAUUGUCCAAGACUAAGAUGUACCCCGCGCCGGCGAGACAUCCCGCCGCUCCCGGCGGCGGCGGUAGCGGCGGGGCUGCUGGCGGGCUGAAAUUCACGGUGGCGGACACUUGCGAGAGGAUCAAAGAGGAAUUCAAUUUCAUCCAGCAGCAGUACCACUCACUGAAGCUUGAGUGCGAGAAGUUAGCUAGUGAGAAGACCGAGAUGCAGAGGCACUACGUUAUGGUAAGGCACUUUUAUUACGAGAUGUCAUACGGCCUCAACGUUGAAAUGCACAAACAGACGGAAAUCGCGAAGAGGUUGAAUGCGAUAAUCGGGCAAGUGCUUCCGUUCCUGGCGCAAGAGCAUCAGCAGCAGGUGGCCAAUGCCGUGGAGAGGGCGAAGCAAGUCACCAUGUCCGAACUGAACGCUAUUAUCGGGCAGCAACAGCAGCAAGGUCUCCAACAGCUACUGCAACAGAUCCAUGCUCAGCAACUGCCUCACGGAGCGGUGGUCGGCGGUCUUCCGCCGGGCGGUCUGCUGGGCUUCGCAGGUGCGGCCGCGGCGGCCGCAGAGAGCGACGCUGAAAAGAGCGACCAGGAUCUGGUCGUCGAUGUGGCGAACGAGGAGGCGUCGUCGCCGCACGCGAACGGGGAGCACUCGGACCCACGUGAAAACGGCACCCUGGAGAAGCUGGGCGCACCGGGCCACGUUGGCGGACCGGUAUCCGGCGCGGGCUCGGCAUCCGUUAAGGACAGGCCGCCGUCGCGCAGCGGCAGCUCCUCCGCCCGUAGUACACCGUCUCUGAAAAGUAAAGAUGUCGACAAGCCGGGUACACCUGUGGCGGCGGCGAGGGGCUCGCGCAGUUGUACGCCAACUAUGGGCGGCAUCCCUGGGUCCUUGGCGCGGGUCUAUCAUCCGCCAUCGUCGCAGCAAACGCCACCGCAGGGUUAUCAGGGCUUGCCAUCCCGCGGCAAUGAGCCGCCGCAGUCGCCCUCGCCAUACAGCAACUUGCCAUACGCGCGGCCCUCCAUGAUCGGUUUCGACGGUCACAUGAGGAUACCCGCGAGUAACGGACUGAACAACAUCGCAGGUGGCAAACCGGCGUACUCCUACCAUAUGAACGGCGAGGGCCAACUGCAGCCUGUACCAUUCCCCACGGACGCUCUGGUAGGACCGGGUAUCCCGCGUCACGCACGUCAGAUUAACACCCUGACACACGGCGAAGUGGUUUGUGCCGUUACGAUCUCGAAUCCGACCAAGUACGUCUACACCGGCGGCAAAGGUUGCGUCAAGGUCUGGGAUAUCGGCCAAAGUGUCGGCAGCGCCAGCGUGAAACCAGUUUCGCAGCUGGACUGUUUGCAACGUGACAAUUACAUUAGAUCCGUGAAACUUCUGCCUGACGGGAGGACCUUGAUAGUCGGCGGAGAGGCCAGCCAACUGAGCAUUUGGGACCUAGCUAGUCCCACGCCCAGAAUUAAGGCGGAAUUAACUUCGUCGGCGCCUGCGUGUUACGCCUUGGCAAUCUCGCCGGACUCGAAAGUCUGCUUCAGCUGCUGUAGCGACGGCAAUAUCGCCGUGUGGGACUUGCAGAAUCAGUCAUUGGUCAGGCAAUUCCAAGGUCACACGGACGGGGCGUCCUGCAUUGACAUCUCGGCUGAUGGUUCAAAAUUGUGGACCGGCGGUCUUGACAAUACCGUGCGCUCCUGGGACCUUCGCGAGGGUAGGCAGCUGCAGCAGCACGAUUUCACCUCGCAGAUAUUCUCCCUCGGUUACUGCCCCACCGGCGAGUGGCUGGCCGUCGGAAUGGAGAACUCGAACGUCGAGGUACUCCAUGCUACCAAGUCCGACAAGUACCAGCUGCAUCUGCACGACUCCUGCGUGCUCUCGCUGCGUUUCGCCUCCUGCGGCAAGUGGUUCGUCUCGACUGGCAAGGACAAUCUACUGAACGCGUGGCGUACGCCGUACGGUGCUUCAAUAUUUCAGUCCAAGGAGUCGUCGUCGGUGCUGAGCUGCGACAUUUCCGCAGACGACAAGUACAUUGUGACCGGAUCCGGCGACAAGAAGGCCACUGUAUACGAAGUGAUUUACUAAGCCUAUUCCUAAUAAAGAGACUUGCCUUUCCUCCUUUAAUAACAUUAAAAUCAUGAACUUUGUUAAUGUGUAUUCUAUCCUUUCGCGAGGAAGGAAGGCGCGAAGAGAUCCCGAAAGUAGGGAUAACUCUCGGCGGCCUUAGUGCCAGUGUGGCUGAUAAAUGUGUACAUAUACGCAUACGCGAAAUUAUAUUGUAACGAAAUUACAAAUAGAAGAAUGAAACAUUGAUGUGUGUGCGCGCGCGUGUUUAUGAAUGAGCGGGAUCAGCGAUGUAUAUUAAUCUUGCACGUGCGCGUCCCGAUUUCGCGAGUGCGCGUCCCGAUUCUCCGCCGAUUUACAGUACAUACGCGUAAUAUCUGCGCGCGGACGGGACUUCUAUUUGUCACGUGUAUACAACGAGCGUACGCGUUAACGAUGGAACGACGUUCCAUCCAACCGGAGCGGUUCGCAUACGCACUAAAGUAAACGAGAAGAGCCUUCGCAAACGGUGAUGUUAGAUAUACAAGGUGAUUCUUGAUUGCACGCCGAUACCGUCGGGAAACAAGUUUAAGAGUCUAGAACAAGGCAAAAAUGCUAAACGAGCUCAAGUCAUUUAGCUUUUAGCUCUCCUGAAUGAUAAUAAAUUUUAAAAAGAUAUCUCAAGCGCUAUUUACGCUA